GAAGCCCCGCCCACCGGCGUUGGCAAUCGCUGACCAUGGCUGCGAGGCUCGCCAAGGAGCUGGAGGAGGCGCGGCGCUGGGGCGGGGCCCGGGAGCUGCGGCUGCUCGACGGGAACGUGCUGCGAUGGGGGGGGAUCCUGCUGCCGAACAACCCCCCGUACAACGCCGGCGCCUUCCGGUUCGAGCUGACCUUCUCGCCCCACCACCCGCUGUCCCCGCCCCGCGCCAGGCUCUGCACCAGCAUCUACCACCCCGGCGUGGACGCCGAGGGCCACGUGUGCCAGCCCCUCACCUCCACCCAGCACUGGGUGCCCAGCACCCGCGCCACACAAGUGCUGCAGGACCUGCUGCUGCUGCUCGACAGCCCGGACCCGCAGCGGGUGCUGCGGCAGGACCUGGCCCGGGAGCUGCGGGAGCGGCCCGAGCUGUUCCAUCGCCGCGCGGAGGAGCACACGCGGCGGCACGCGGAGCCGCGGCCGGAGCCCUGAGCCCGCUGCGGGGCUUCACCUG